AUGGCGGCGGCGGCGGCGGCGGGUCGGCUAGGCUGGUUGCUCGCCGCGCUCUGCCUGGGCAACGCCGCCGGCGAGGCGGCGCCGGACCCGCGACUGCUGGGCGUCUGUUUAGAGGAGGACGGAGCGGCGGGCGCGGGGUGGGCGCACGAAGGGGAGGUGCGGGCAGCGCCGGAGGCCACCUUCCGCUUGCGCCUCUUCGGCUCGGGCUUCUCCAACAGCUCCUGGUCCUGGGUGGCUCCUGAGGGGGCGGGUUGCCCCGAGGGCGGGCCGGCCGCGGCGCCCGACGAAGCGGCAGCCCCCACGGGCGAGUGGCGUGCGUUGCUGCGCCUGCGCGCCGAGGACGCGCGCCCGCACUCUGUGCGGCUGGCGGUGCGCGGGGAGCCUGGCGGUUCGGCGGCCGAAGAGGCGGCAGCCCUCACGGGCGAGUGGCGCGCACUGCUGCGCCUGCGCGCCGAGGCCGCACGCCCGCACUCGGCGCUGCUGGCCGUGCGUGUGGAGCCGGGCGGCUCGGCAGCCGAGGAGGAGGCGCCGCCCUGGGCUCUGGGCCUGGGGGCGGCGGGGCUGUUGGCGCUGGCGGCUCUGGCGCGGGGCCUGCAGCUGAGCGCACUGGCGCUGGCGCCCGCCGAGGUGCAGGUGCUGCGCGAGAGCGGCUCGGAGGCGGAGCGUGCGGCGGCGCGGCGCCUGGAGCCUGCACGGCGCUGGGCGGGCUGCGCCCUGGGCGCGCUGCUGCUGCUGGCCAGCCUGGCGCAGGCGGCGCUGGCGGUUCUGCUGUACCGCGCGGCCGGCCAGCGCGCAGUCCCCGCCGUGCUAGGCAGCGCGGGGCUCGUGUUCCUGGUGGGAGAGGUGGUGCCGGCUGCCGUGAGCGGGCGCUGGACGUUGGCACUAGCGCCGCGCGCGCUGAUCCUCAGCCGCCUGGCGGUGCUGCUCACCCUGCCCGUGGCGCUGCCGGUGGGCCAGCUGCUGGAGCUGGCGGCGCGGCCAGGGAGGCUGCGCGAGCGCGUGCUGGAGCUGGCGCGCGGCGGCGGCGACCCCUACAGCGAUCUCAGCAAGGGCGUGUUGCCCUGCCGGACAGUGGAGGACGUGCUCACGCCCCUCGAGGACUGCUUCAUGCUGGAUGCCAGCACCGUGCUGGACUUCGGCGUCCUGGCCAGCAUCAUGCAGAGCGGCCACACGCGCAUCCCCGUCUACGAGGACGAGCGCUCCAACAUCGUGGACAUGCUCUACCUCAAGGACUUGGCUUUCGUGGACCCCGAAGACUGCACGCCGCUCAGCACCAUCACCCGCUUCUACAAUCACCCACUCCACUUCGUCUUCAAUGACACCAAGCUGGACGCCGUCCUGGAGGAGUUCAAGCGAGGGAAGUCCCACCUGGCCAUCGUGCAGAAGGUGAACAAUGAGGGCGAAGGUGACCCCUUCUACGAGGUGCUGGGCCUGGUCACCCUGGAGGAUGUCAUCGAGGAGAUCAUUAAGUCCGAGAUCCUGGACGAGUCUGAGGACUACCGAGACACUAUAGUGAAGAAGAAGCCUGCGUCUCUGAACGCCCCUCUCAGACAGAAAGAGGAGUUCUCCUUGUUCAAGGUGUCUGACGACGACUAUAAAGUGAAAAUCUCACCUCAGCUGCUCUUGGCCACGCAGCGCUUCCUGUCCCGAGAGGUGGACGUCUUCAGCCCGCUGCGGGUCUCUGAGAAGGUCCUCCUGCACUUGCUGAAGCAUCCCAGCGUCAACCAGGAAGUACGGUUUGACGAGAGCAACCGCCUGGCCGCCCACCACUACCUGUACCAGCGCAGCCGGCCGGUGGACUACUUCAUCCUCAUCCUGCAGGGCAGGGUGGAGGUGGAGAUCGGGAAGGAGGGCUUGAAGUUCGAAAAUGGGGCCUUCACCUACUACGGGGUUUCUGCCCUGACAGCGCCAUCCUCGGUUCACCAGUCCCCGGUGUCCUCGCUCCAGUCCAUCCGCUACGACCCACCGCCCGAGCCCGCUGACAGCACCCGCUUGUCUGCGUAUUGUCCCGACUACACCGUGAGGGCCCUCUCUGACCUGCAGUUCAUCAAGGUCACUCGGUUGCAGUACCUCAAUGCACUCCUGGCCACCCGCGCCCAGGCGCUGCCACAGUCCCCGGAGAACACAGAGCUUCUGGCCAUCCCUGGCAGCCAGACCAGGCUCCUCGGUGACAAGGCGGCCACAGCCCCAGGAUCCAACCACAGCAGACCGGGCCUCCCAGCAGAGGAGAGCCCCGGGCGGAACCCGGGAGUUUAG